AUGUCUGGAGGAUUUUGGUUCACGAUUUCCAUUCCGUCAGAGGAAUAUGAAAGAAAUUUAAAUAAUAUCAAAUUAGAAAAAGAUUUUAAAGAUGUUGAAGACAAUUUAAUAUCAGAUGGAAUCGAAGAUAAAAAGGAGGAAGAUGAAGAAGAAGCCGAAGAAGAGAAGAAAGAUGAUGGAAAUAUUUCUUCAUCUGUAGAAGAUUUAAAGAAACAAAAACCAAGAAAAUCUACUGUUAUGUUUAUGGAUAACUCUUCUGAAUAUUCGGAAGAAAGAGAAUCAUUUCAUGAAGUAGAUUUAAAUGGUGAAACAUUGUUUAAGCGAUUAAGAGAUGCUCUGGAAAUUUUGGGAAUCGAUGAUGCUAUAUGGAUCGCGAGUGAGGAUAAAAAUUAUUAUCACGUUUAUUUUCCUUGCGAACCUGGGGUAAGAUGCGAUUAUGUUUUGGAUACUCUUGCAGAAAGAGAGAUUGGAAUGAAGGCAAAAUCUAGUUUAGGAAUCAUACCCUGUGCUGUAUUUUAUCGUGACGUGGAAACUGAAGUAAAAACACCGAUAUAUGAAGAAGAGGAAGAUAGCGAAGAUGCUGGAGGAACGAAAACAAAACCUGAUAUUAAAAAAUCAUUGAAAGAAGGUAUACGAAAUAUGCAAAGACAAUUUUUAAAAUCUGUAACUGCUCGUUUAACUGUAGCACAGGUAGUUGAAGGUGUUCGUGCAAAUGCCAUGCUAACUUUUGACUUUAUGAUGUUUACAGUCUUGGCAAGCCCUGCAAAAGGUUUGUUAAAGCGUUCAUGGGUGAAUAAAGGUCAACCAGCUGUUGCAAAAUGUCAAAGGGACUAUAGUGCAGAAAAAGACGAUAAUCUGCGUCAUCAUGAUAGAUCUGUUUUUCCAACCAAUACCAGUCGCAAAUGA